AGAAUCUCAAAAUUACAUCACCCAGGGGACGGUUCCAGGAAAUUCACGAAAUGCUAAACAAAAUGCUAGCCAAAGUAACGAGAAGGAUUGGUUGAGAAAAUGAACUAUAAUUUUCAAUGCUUGAGUUAAUUAAAAGAAAUACAAAAAUUAAAAAAAAACAAAGACAUUGUAAUUCUACAACUUCAAAUUUAAAGAUUAUUUGACCAUAUUUGCAUGUUGGAGUAGAGUGUAAAAGAAGAUUUAUCCUCCAUUUUACCAGAUGCAUGAUUUGACAUGUUGUCUUAUAUCGGGCAUGGGGUGCAGGUCAAGUAAACACCAAAAUUCUGUCGCUGAUGAAGAAAAUGCUGAAAAUGAUGAAGUUUAUGGAGACACAAAAAAUGGUCGAUGUACAGAAGCAGCUGAUAAAAACAGCAAUAAAGGUUUUCCACAAGAGCGCAAAUUAUCAGAUUCACAGUUUGAUUCAAAGAAAAGAACUGCUGUGUUCGCAAAGAAGCCAAAUAAACCAUUCUCACAAUCUCAAACAGAUUUCUUUGAGAUGCUGGAAAGAAAGAUAAAUGCAGGAAGGGACUACACAUCUGAAGACGAGUUCUCUACAAGGUGACAUUUUUUUGCAAGAAAAAAAUAAUCACGAUGAAAUAAACUUUGAAGUUAAUAUAAUAACCUCACUCAUUGCUGACGUUUUAUCACGGACAGUAAAUGGAGGAUAGAAAAGCAGUGUAAUGACCAGUAUAUUUUUAAUAAUCUUUGGAGCGUUUCCUUUUUUAAGUUUAUGUCUUCUUGAAGUCAGAAGAGAUGGUUGUAAAAAUUGUCUGCUGUAUGUAGCGGAGUUUUUCGGAUGACACACAAGUUUUUGCAGAAAGUCGUUUACACAGCUUAAUGAGGGAACCGAAUUUCUGCGUCUGCAAAAUCACUUAAAUUAGGAAACAUUUUUUAAACAUAACUCAGUUGCUAUCAAUGUUAUAUGUAGGAAUAAUUACUUUUUGAGUAAACAUUCCCCUUCUGCCGCACCUAUUAUCAAACUUAUACAAUGAAAUAAAUAUUGUCAUGUAUUCUUAGUCAUCUGACUACCCGAAAAAGCUUAAAAAAGUGCCUACGAUGUCAUUCAGAGAGACUUAAAGUAGCUACGAUGCUACACAGGGAGACUUAAAGUAGCUACGAUGUUACACAGGGAGACUUAAAGUAGCUAAGAUACUAUACAGGGAAGUAGCUGCGUUAGUGUAUAGUGUAUUAUAAAAAGUAUUUUCCGAAUGUGAAAUAAUGGGUGAAGAGAUUUUUGUUUAUUUACUAUUUCUGUUCUAUAUUUAUAUGAUUUGACUAGCAUUAUUUAAGACUGUAAAUUUUAUUUUACUUGCUGAUAAUUAAUGAGAAAUAUAUCUUUUUCAAAGAA